GUCACGUGACAGGGGCGAAGGCGAAAAGGGGGCGGGGCGACGGCACUGGAUUGGCGGCGCGGUGCCUCUCGGUGGGCGCAGCAUCUCCCUCCUCCGGGUCGCUUUCGCUCGCAGCUGACGUGGAUGAGACUGAUCCGCGGCCAUCGGGGGCAGUAAGGUAUGUGAUGAAAGCCCUGCAGAAUCCAGGGGAAACCCGACCAGUUAUGAGCAGUGAGCUGAAUGUGCCCAUGGGUUCUCCGGCACCAGGAGGCUCAGAUCGAUUGCAGGAUGGAGGGGGGAUGGACUACCGGGACUGGGUACGCCGGAGCUACCUGGAGCUCGUCACCUCGAACCACCAUUCUGUGCAGGCCCUCUCCUGGAGGAAGCUCUACCUGAGCCGGGCCAAGCUGAAAGCCUCCAGCCGUACCUCCGCCCUCCUCUCAGGCUUCGCCAUGGUGGCCAUGGUUGAAGUUCAACUGGAGAUGCAGUACAACUAUCCGCGGCUGCUGUUGAUCGCCUUCAGCGUGUGCACCACAGUGCUGGUGGCUGUGCACCUCUUCGCUCUGCUGAUCAGCACCUGCAUCCUGCCCAACGUGGAGGCGGUCAGCAACAUCCACAACCUCAACUCGGUGAGCGAGUCGCCCCAUGAGCGGAUGCAUCACUACAUCGAGCUCGCUUGGGGGUUCUCCACCGCCCUGGGCAUCCUCCUCUUCCUGGCCGAGGUGGUGCUCUUGUGCUGGAUCAAAUUCCUGCCCGUGGAUUCGGGGACUAGAGCCAAUUGCAGCACACCUGCCCCGUCGCAGCCCGGCCACAGCGGUUGGCAGGCUGCCCUGGCCUCCACCAUCAUCAUGGUUCCUGUGGGCUUCAUCUUCGUGGUCUUCACCAUCCACUUCUACCGCUCUCUUGUGCGCCACAAGACGGAGCGCCACCACCAGGAGAUCGAGGAACUGCACAAGAUCAAAGUGCAACUAGACGGCCAGGAGCGGGGGAUCCAGGCUGUCUGAAGCACUCGCCCAUUCAGAACGUCCUCCGCCUUCUGCCCCAAAGCCCCGUCUCACUCGCAAAGCCUAAUAAAUGUUGCAUGGCGACGUCUUCGCACAUGGGAAGUGAUCCUCCAGUCCUUAUCCACCCUGAGCAUUAUGUGUAGUCGUCUGUUGCACCUUUCAGUGACUCACAGAAGUCUGACUUCUCAUGCGGGGUGCGUUGAUCCUGUUUUAACUUUUAACAAUGAAGGAAGGUUUACGACCAAUUUUUAAGGGCUAUUUCAUGUUCGGCUAAGUGUGAGUCUAAACAAUUAAAAAAAAAAAAGUUUGACAUUUCUUGAGCUGCUGCAGCCAUUCCUAUCUGCUGCAUUCUCCUGACUUAAUGUUCACUUUAGGUAGCAGUCAGGUUUCUCAGCGCCCUUUGCUUAAAAUAGGGCAGUCUGUUUCCCUGAACUCCAGCUGAGUAAAUGAGUUAAGCUAUACGUGAUGAUGUGAAGCACGGCACUCGUGCGUGAGUUCCGAGUGCCGGCCAGGUGCAUUGUGGGCAGGCUGCUGUCGUAAACGGCCUGCGUGCCACUUGAUACCUGUUUGGUUUACAAUGAUGAGUUUCUGCACACAUUAUUUCAAAUGGUGUUGUUAUAAUACAAUAUCUGUAUCAUGGAUGCAUGGGAGACACCUUUUAUAUUAAUGAAUGCAAAUAUGUGUCUAGCUUGCAAACAGCAGCUUUUCUUGGUUGUCGCUGUAUUUUUUAUGCUUCCCCCAUUUUUGGGAUUUAAAGGUAAGACAUGUAACCCCCCAGUGCUGUUCACACGUCAGUGCCGUAAUGAAUUUUUUUUUGCAACUCUGGUCUCCGUGACGUGUUUCGUGUCUCAGGUGUUUGAGCAUUUUAUCGUUGUUGACGUAAUUCCGGUAACGCAGUGCGACUUUCCUAACCAUGUGCCCAUCGAAGCUGACAUGCAAGCUCUUAUCCGCCAGAAGCAUAUGUGUAACCUGUCCCUUCCUGCCUUUAUUUUCAUGUCACAUCACUGUCUAUUUGUAAUUUUAUAUUGUGAAGCACAAAAAAGGGAGAAAUGCGUAAUCAGGGUACGACCCUCGUGUCCGUUUACGGAGAGUGGCCUACUGAGCAUCAAACAAGUGCAUCUUUUUACAAAAUCCUUUCUUAACGUUUGAGUGAGUUUACAUGAUGAUUGAUGUUAUGUUUUUUUGUUUUUGUUUUUUUUUUAAGCCUAAGAAUGACCAGGGGUCUGGGCAUUUUUUUCUCUCUAUAGAUAGGAAGUGCUGUAGGUGUGUGUCGUUGGCUCAUGGGAAUUUUAUUUACACAAAUAGAAUAAAAAUAAAAUACAAGAAUAGUAAAUGAGUGGUUCAGGGAGAGAACCAAUCAGAUUGUAGAGGAUUGGUUGGCCUCCGCUUCCUCCUCUUGCUUGCACCCACCUCCUCAAAGUCCGAUUAUUUCUGCUUAUCUCUGAACCUAUCGUUUUUUCAGUCUGUUACCAGAACAAUUUUGUGGAAGUAAAACUCCCGCAAACUUGGGGCUAAAAUGAACUUCGUAAUUGCUAAUUGUAUACCAAAUAUUCUGUAAAUGAAGUAGUAAUGUGGCAGUUUGGUGUAAUUUGCACUCAAGUGGGAAAGGUCUUGUAGGAAAAUAAGCAAUUUACAAAAGACAUUCCAGCUGAUGUGUGUGUGUGUGUAUAGGUUUGGUAAUAAGGGAAACGUUGCAGGUUGAAUUUAGUUUUUAACGUUAGCGCCAUAAUGCUGCAGUUACACCCUGUGCCAACUAACCAGAGGAACAGCACUGAAAGCUGUUCCUUUGACCAAACGGAUGCUUUAUUGGCUCGUGCUUAUGGUAAAAGUUCAAGUGCUUUUUUAGCCAUAAAUGUUACGUCCAUUUGCUUUGAAGGGGUUUUCAUGAUGCUGUAUUUAAGACGUUGCACUGCUGUUCUCAGACCCUAACAAUAAAGCCUAAAUGUCUGUUAUCACA